UGGUUGUGUUGGAAUCGGUCUCUGAGCGAAUCGCGAGUGGUUUUGCUGUCGUUGUAUGGUUUUUUCUUGUUUUUUUUUGCGUGAAAAACGGGUUUUGACCAGUAAGGAUUGUUGGUUUUCGAAAAAGAACUAGUGCGUUGGAUAGAGCUCAUCGAGGUCUACUUCGAACCAGUGUGAACUCAGUUGGAAUCGGACGUGUCGCGAAUCGGGACAGGAAAUACUCGAAUCCAGAUCUAGGAUAUCUUACGUGUUUUGCAUACACUAAGAACGAUCUGAUCUGCACCUGUUAGUAAAAUAGUUCCAUAGUGAAGUGCAAUAUCAAAUACAUAUAUUAUUAAAAAAAUUGUUCUUCGCUUGUCGCAAAGUCCAAUCGAUAAGACAAGUUUUAAAAAUACCACAUUGAUACGAAGACUUGUUACAAUACUCGGGUGUGCUACCUUAUCAAAUUUUUGUUUUCUCUUAACCAAAUCGGUUUCAUAAGUUGAAUCAUUCAUUAAGAUUGAAGACAUCAUCUGCAACUGAAACAGCAAUGAAUAUAAGUGGAUAAAGGAACGAGCUAAUAUAUCUCCUUUCUUUCUUUUCUUCUUAUGUGAUAAAUCAAGGUCAAUCAUGUAGACAAGGAUGAAUCCAUUCUCUAUCAUUAAUCCAAAUACAGAUGAAGAAAUUUGUCAAGUAGAAGAAGGCACAAAAGUAUCAAUAUAUAUACAUGAUUAUUUUCGGUCUAAGUGUAAUUUUUAUUGUUUCCAAUAUUGUAGAGUGAUUUUGAUAAAGCAAUUGAAGCUGCUGGAAAAGGUUUCCAAUAUGAUUCACCAUAG